AUGUCCGGUCCGCUGUAUAUAGGAACAGAUCUUUCCACCCAACAACUCAAGGCGCUGGUGGUUGACUCCUCUCUCAAGAAGGUGUACGAGGCCAAGUUUGACUUUGACGCCGAUGCGACGGGCUAUGAGAUCAAGAAGGGUGUCAUGACCAAUGAGGCGGAGGGCGAGGUGUACGCGCCAGUUGCUUUAUGGCUUCAGGCCAUGGACACCGUUCUGGCGAGGUUGAAGGAUGCCGGACUGGACUUCUCGCGUGUGAAAGGUAUCAGUGGUGCUGGAAUGCAGCAUGGCAGUGUUUUCUGGAACGCGCAAGCCGAGAAAAUGUUAGGCAGUCUGGACCCUUCCCAGGGCUUGGAAAAACAGUUGCAGGAUGCUUUUGCCCACCCAUUUAGCCCCAACUGGCAAGACGCGAGUACUCAGAAGGAAUGCGAUGAGUUUGAUGCCGUGCUAGGCGACGAAACGGAACUGGCUAAAGUCACCGGCAGCAAAGCUCAUCAUCGGUUCACCGGCCCGCAGAUUCUCAGAUAUACCCGCAAGCAUCCAGAAGCGUACAAAAAGACGCAUCGCAUUACCCUUGUAUCCUCAUGGUUGGCGACGAUCUUUCGUGGCAAGUUCGCACCAUUCGACAUUUCAGAUGUAUGCGGCAUGAACCUGUGGGAUAUCCCCAAUGGACGAUGGCAUCCAAAGUUGUUGCAGCUCGCAUCUGGCCAGUUUCCCGUGGACGAGCUCCGGCCCAAGCUAGGUGACGUACCAGAAGAUGGCGGCGCUCAUUUGGGCUCCAUCUCGAAGUACUUCGUCGACAGGUACGGCUUCAGUUCGGACUGCGAGAUCAUUGCCUCAACAGGCGACAACCCAUCCACCAUCCUAGCUCUGCCCCUUCGACAGAACGACGCUCUCGUAUCUCUUGGUACAUCGACCACGUUCCUGAUGUCGACACCACAGUACAAGCCCGACCCAGCAACCCAUUUCUUCAACUCUCCUACCACUGCGGGUCUAUAUAUGUUCAUGCUGUGCUACAAAAACGGCGGCCUUGCACGCGAGAAUGUGCGCGAUGCUAUCAAUCAGGCCACAUCUAUCGAACAGAACUCCUGGCAACAAUUUGACGAGAACCUCCUUUCAGUCAAGGAGCUAGCACGGGACGAUGAAUCAAAGACAAUGCAGCUAGGGCUCUACUUCCCACGCCCCGAGAUCAUUCCCAACCUGCCGCAGGGCGAAUGGCACUACGAGUACGACCCGAAGAGUGACAAGCUAAGCAAGUCAGAGAAGGUCCGCGAGUCACCAAAGGAGGAUGCUCGAGUCAUCGUUGAAUCGCAGAUGCUUUCUCUCCGCCUCAGGUCGCGUGAGCUCGUCAAUAGUCCUGGUGAAGGUCUUCCACCUCAGCCACGUCGGGUAUACGUGGUUGGCGGCGGUUCCCGGAACAAAGCCAUCGCGAAGGUUGCCGGUGAGGUAUUGGGCGGCAGCGACGGUGUUUGGAAGCUCGAUGUCGGGGAGAACGCGUGCGCCUUAGGAUCAGCUUACAAGGCUGUUUGGGCAGUGGAACGGAAGGAGGGUGAAACAUUCGAAGAUCUCAUCGGGGAACGCUGGGAUGAGAGUCAAUUCGCUGAGAAGAUUGCGGAUGGCUACAACAAAGACUCGUACGAGAAAUACGGCCAAGCGAUGAAAGGAUUCGAGCGAAUGGAGCGGGAGCUAUUGAAGGAGCAUGGCAGAUAG